UAACAAUGGGGUUGACUUCCUUUCAGAGCCAGCCUCAAGUGGCCACUCGAUGAACUGCAGUUUUUGCAUGGGCUUCAUUUUUCAGCACGGCUUGUUGUCUUGCAGAGGACACUGCUGUUUGUAUGUGUGGUAAUAAUGGAUACGAGCUAACUGCCUAGCGGUAAUGCGCUGGUAAUUGCCGGAGAAACGCGGCCAGAUUGUCGAAUAUAUCACCAAGUAUCAAUCCAUAUACUGGGCUCCACGUUUAUUCCUGUUUUGUGUCUCUAGCGGUUUGUAGACAGCUAUGGGUGGGCUGGGAAAUGGGCGUCGUGGAGGAAGAUCUCCCCCUCUAAUGAUUGCCGCUCUAAUUGCCUGUAUUCUGGUUCUGGGCUUCAACUACUGGGUGUCAAGCUCCCGCAACCUGGAGCUACAGACUAAGAUGUAUGAGUUGGAGGGCCAGGUGCGACGUGGAGCAGCAGAGCGAGGAGUAGUGGAGCUGAAGAAGAAUGAGUUCCAGGAGGAGAUCCUGAGACAGAAGGAGCAGAUCAGCCACAUAGAAAGCCUCUACAAGAGACAACUCGAAGGAUCUCAGAACACCUGCAGCCAAGAGAAGGGGACACUGCAGCAAAACAUUUCCUCCAGUACCAAAACCAUACAGGAACUCAAAGGUCAUUUAAAUCAGCUAAAUGAUGACCUGGGGAAGCUUCAGAAGGAGCUGCAGAGUUGCCAAGGCAACAUCAAAACCCUUAACAACAAACUCACUUAUGACAUGACCCAUUGUCACUCCCAGGUCCUUUCCCAGAAGGAGUUGUGUGAUGAGAGAGUGGCCGCUGCUAAACUGGAAGUUCAGAAGAAAAUGGAGAAGCUCAUCUCUCCUUCAGGUGUCUCCUCACAGCAGGAAAAUGCAGUGGAUGGAGCAGCAAAAGAGGACGGACCAGUCAUGACUGGGGUUGAUGCAGUUAAAACAGCAACUGUUGUAAGCCACACACCAAGCCUCUCUCAGCCCAAAGGAAAUUUUCCACCUGAACUACUGACCAAUGAGAUCAUCGUGGACAAAGGUCCUCAUACCCCAGUGGACCUGUCUCCAGAGAAGGAUCUCUCCAAAGUAGAGUCCCAGGCUGUUCCCUCAGCUGCUGCAGUUAAGCAGGACACUUUGCUACCACCAGAGGGAGCUGUCAAUACACAGGAGGGUGAGGCAGAGACCAGCGAACCUUUGAAGAAUAACCUGACUGAGGAUAAAGAUGUGGAGGUGAUGGAUGCUCAUGAAGAGGGCACUCAGACAGAAGGGGCAGACCUUGGGAUGGAAGGCAUGCUGAUUGGCCGGGUGACGGAAGAUGAGACUCCUCUUGGUCAGAAACGUGAGGAGCCGGAAGAAUAUGACGCAGACGAGCAAGUCGUGGGUGGAUUCGAUUUGGCGAAACAGCAGCAGAGUAAACUGGCUGAAAAUAUAGACAAGGACAUGGAGGAGGAGCUGGCUGACUAUAAUGGAGAUGAUGAGAACGAAGGCGAGUUUGAAGCAGACAAACAAGCUGAGCUUGCUCAAAUCUGAGGACUCUAGUCGGAGAAGGAGCCUGCACACGACCUAAGGAAGCAGCGCCCCUUAUACACCUCUGCACAACAAUGCUAUACAGGUUAAUGAAGCCCUCCGAACAGUGAAUACAAAUCAAACCCAGAUGGAAAUCUCUCUAAAGGUGCUGACAAACCAAGGAUAUCGUCUGUGGCCCUAGUUUUUGCGGUAUGCCACACACCGUCGCUACUCUGCGACCCUCGUCUGCUUUUUUUUUCAGACAAGGGUUGGAAUCUAUCUGAUUGGCUAUUCAGCUUAAGCAAAUCAGUGCACGAGAAUCAAAAAAGUAGUGAGGAAAGCAAGCAAAUGACUGUCGAGAGGGCACGCACAGAAGGUCUUUAUCUCAUCUGAGCAAUCCAACACAUGAUGGGGCUUUCAAAACUGGCCAAAAUUUAUGUUCAAAUGUUCCUUAUAGAAAAACAACAUUGUUUUGAACUAUUGGAAUAUCUAUUUUUGCACAUUAUGUCCAUAAUAAUAAUAAUGUCCUAUACUGUAAAACAUAGACCGUAGACCUCUCUUCCUCUCUCUCUGCACCGUGGUGCUAGACUGAGAACUGCGUUCCCUAGCAAGCAAGCUAGCUAACUACCCAGCUGACCGGCCGGCCACAAAGUUUGUAAAAUGUAACAUCUUAAUGUUUCAUUCACACACUCUUGUCACAGCGUAGGAAAGCACAUUGCUAUCGUCAGAUGAGUGACAACUUUGUUCAGCUCAUUUUCAGUAACCUGUGUAGCGUGAAGGCGUGUUGGGUGGAAUUAGCAAGCGGGCUGAUCAGUCCCUCCACUUCCCCACUGCGGGGAGACUUUGUUGCAGAGGGAACGGAAGACAGCCCGGGAGAUGGACAAGUUAGUUAACCAUCUGCCGGUGUCUGCUGUCAUUCCAGAGGUGAGUAAAGCAGAGGCUCUGUGCUGCCGCUGGCUGAUUUUGGCAAAUUUGGCUGUUUUGCUAUAUGUAUCAUAGCAAGGGUUUUUAUAUCCGGUUCCCCUUCCUGAAUGAUGAGUAGGUUACCGGUACCUGCUGGCAUGAAGAGUUAUAUCCUCUCACGCAGGUGCAGAACAUAAGUGCUAGUUGACCGUUGACUGUAGUCUUUGCGGUGUGUUCAAGUGUAACUUUUUGGCCAAGACGCAACGCGAGAAAACGUGAGGCGACGCCAGAGUCGGCCUUCGUCGCCACUAGUUCUUUGCCAUCUGCUUGGUGUGUCAGCACCUUUUUUAGAAAGACUUGUUACGUUUUCUGUAUUUAGAGUAAAAAUAUUUACGACUUCAUGUUCAACUCCCAAUAAUUCUGAAAGCGCCACAGAAAAAAAUAUAUGCUGAAAUAUGCAAAUGUAAGCCCAACAUGGUUUCUGAUCACAUGCAUUUAACUGUACACAUAAAACACCCAAGGAAGCUUUCAUGGUGGUGACUGUGCUUACAUUCAUUUCCGUAUAUUUAGUCUCAAGACUUGAAACCAGCUUGAAAGAUUUAACAUCUCAACAGCCCUGGAAAGCAGUGGAUUUUGAUGACGUGAUUAGAUGUGUUGUUUAUGUUCACUCCAUGACGACUGUAACUUAAAUGAUGAAACAUAAGUGAUAAUUUGUAGACCCUUAUAGGGUUAUGAGGUGUGAAAUGCUGUAGUAAGUGUUAAUGGUCUAAGUGAUCCUGAUGACAGAACUGUGCAGCACAGGUUCAACAGCAUCUUAAACAACGCCUUAAGUUCCUCCUGUACACAGUCUCUCAUAGAAAGGAUGCUGACUUUGAGUCAAUGUCCAGGACAUUUCACUUUUGCAUUUUCUCUACAUAAUGUCUGUCAGUGAACGCAAAAAAGAGGCUUUUCAUGACUGAAUCAAAUUAAAUAAAUGUGCUGAGAUUCUUGCUGCUAAAUCCAAUUGUGCCAUUUGGAUGCUGUACCCAGUCAAACAGGAAAAUGAAAACAUUGGCUUCUUUUGAUUCCCGUGUAGCCAAAAGUGCUGUAAACAAGUAUGGUUGACUUAAUGACAUGGCACAAAACAAACAAACUUUGUCAGGUAUUUAACAUACAUUAUAUUAGCUGUAACUGGACAUUUUUCAUCAAUGAGCAUUUCUACGUCACUUUGUUGAAUUGCGUUUGCAUUUUAGUGGCAGCGGGGCUUUCAUUCUCAGCUAUAUUUCAGACCAAAAAGUGUCACAAGGUUGAAUCUGUACUGUUCUCAACAUUUAGGAUCAGUAAGACAGAAAAUAUUUUAAAACGCCAGGAAAGUUAGUAGUGGUAUUAGUAGAUCAACAGUCUUACUUUAUUUGCCUUAUUGAUUCUAUGUACACCAGUUUUCCCCCUACGCUCUGUUGUUGACACAGUGGAGGUUGGAUGUAGAGCCGGGUACAUGUGUACUGAUUCUGGACCUUUUACUUUGUGGAUACUGCCUCUGGUCUGCUGAAGUGAUGGAUUGUAUAAUUUGCGGAGAGGACAUAGACUUGAAACCGGAACGCUGUGUUGUGCUGGGCUCCCGCAAUCUAGCAGAUGUGAAGUACUCAGUUGUGCUAAAAUGUAUUCGUCCAUUCAACUUAAAGCUGCACUAGACUGGAAAACGCAAACUAAUAUUAGAUACAGAAAUAACAAAAUGUUGGUCAAAUUUUGUGGCGGGAUCUUUUGUUGCCUUGUGUUUUAUACAGGACAGAUGAAUUUAAUUUAUUUUCCAGGUACUUUAUUUAUAAGUAAUAACUUUGACUAAAUACCCACAGUUACUCAUUAUGUUGCAGUUUUAUUGCCAUAAUUUCCAUAAUGCUUUUAACAACAGUCAAUUCCUGAAUCAUAUUUUCAAUUCGUCAACCCCACUGCCUCAUGCCUGAAGCUGCUCAAUUGCUUACAUGUCCAUCAUCACAAUUGGUGUGUGUGUGUGUAUAUAUAUAUAUAUAUAUAUA